AUGUUUUCCAAGUUGCUUUUGCUUGCUGCAAUUACCACCUGCAUGACUACUACUGGUGCCAGAAAGCUUCGCGGAUUUGGUGAAGAGAAUACAGUUCUUCACCAUUUACAUGCCUAUCAAGGUGCUGCUGCCGGUGGGUAUGGAAGUGGUGCCGCUGGUGGCAUGGCUGGCGGCGGAGGGUAUGGUGGCGGACCUGCUUUUGGGGGUGGAGUUGGAGGUGGAUAUGGUCCUGGAAAUGGCCAUGGAGGAUUUGGUGGUGGGAUAGGUGGUGGGAUAGGCGGUGGGUAUGGUGGCGGCGUUGGCGGUGGAAGUGGAGGAAUUGGUGGCGGAGGAGGAGGUGGUGGCGUGAUAGGCGGUGGUUAUGGUGGUGGAAAUGGAGGAUUUGGUGGAGGUGGUGGGAUUGGUGAUGGUUAUGGUGGGGGCAUUGGUGGUGAAAUUAUCAAUCAGGAUGACAAUGGGGUUAUUUUAGUGGACGUGACUUACUAUAUAAAGAGAACAUUACAACCAAGAAAUAUAGAAGCGAUGGGUGGUACCAGUGCUAAGUUUAUGUACUUGGCUCUACUUCUGUGGAGCACUAUUUGUGCUUUGAUGAGUGGUAUUGGUCAUGGGAGUUAUGUAGAUGGUAGCAGUUUUGUUGAUCCUAGUCGGUGGAGGUUUGGUGAUGAUAAUAAUGAUGAUGAUUAUUGUUCGUAUACAAGUUGGAGGGGAUGUGGUAGUUACUACGGAAAAGGUGGUAGUGGUUCUAAGAGUGAAGAAGGGAAUGGAGCAGUUAAUCCUAGUCCUAGUAAAACAAUCGGUGCCGCUGGAGGAGAGGGGCCAGGUGGUGUUGGUGGUGGUGGUGGUGGAGGAGGAGGAGGAGGAGGAGAGGGUGGAGGCAUUGAUGAAAGUAGUGCAGGAUCUGGUCAUGGUAGUGGUUUUGGUGCUGGGGUAGGCAUUGGAGGUGGUGGAGGAGGUGGUGGUUCCGGUGGUGGUAUAGGUAAUGGAGGGAUAGGUCAAGGCAGUGGUUUUGGUGCAGGUGGAGGCAGUGGAGGACAUGGUGGCGGGGGGGGAGGAGGAGGAGGAGGGAGUGGAGGUGGUUCCAGAGGAGGGCAAGGUCAUGGUAGCGGUUAUGGUGCAGGUGGAGGAAUCGGUGGCAUGGGGGGAGGUGGUGGUGGAGGAGGAGGCGAGGGUGGAGGAGAUGGCAAUGGAGGGCAAGGUCAUGGCAGUGGUUUUGGUGCAGGAGCAGGUAUAGGUGGCAUGGGAGGAGGAGGUGGUGGUGGUGGUGGAGGAGGAGGAGGAGGUGGUGGCAGUGGAGGGUAUGGUCACGGUAGUGGCUUCGGUGCUGGCAUGGGCAUGGGUGGAAUGGGAGGAGGAGGCGGGGGUGGGGGUGGAGGAGGAGGAGGAGACAAUGGUGAAGGUGGUGGUUUUGGAGUAGGUGGGGGAACAGGUGGUGGUGGUAGAAGCAAAGGUGUGGGAGGUGAUCGUGGUGGGAAUAAUGGCAUCGGAAUUGGAUUCGGCAUGGGCAUUGGUUUUGGUUUUGGUAUAGGAAGCAAUGGAGGAGAUGCCACCAAUCAUGGGGAUGCCAAUGAUCCUUAG